UAUUGUAAAAGUUUGGAACCACUGAAUUUGCAAUUUUAAAUAAUAUAUAGUGUUUUCUGUAUUACAAGAAUUCGAAGAACGAUUUCGUCGUUUCAGAAGACGAAGCUUAUUCAGUUUUCUUCCUCCAUUCUGUCAGAAAUCAUUAAAUUAUGUUAAUGACAAGAUUUCUGUGGAAACGAAGUUAUUUUAGAUUGUGUUCAUCAGCAACAUUUCCAGACAUAGAUACUGAUUAUUAUUGUGAUACCAAAAACGCAUCAGAAAUAAAACAUAAUAUCCAUAUCAGAAAAGGAAUAGGCGAUAUAGAUCGAGUUUUGAAUACAUAUAAGGUUCUAAAAUCAACACCAGUUUGUGAUGUGAAUUAUAAUUCUAUCAAAACAAAUCUGUUACGAGAACUAAGUUAUUUACCUAACAAAACUCAUCCCACUGUGCGGGAAUAUGAACAUGAGCCAUUUCUUUUGCAUGAAAUAAAUAAAAGAAAAGAGUUUGGGGAAUAUAAACCAUUAGAAUUUAGUGAAAUAACACGACGCCUUAACUUGAUGAGAACUGACAAACUGGGACACACAUGUGGACACAAAAGCUAUUAUUUUUUAAAUCAGUUGGCUGAGUUGGAGGAAGCUUUAAUAAAAUAUACAGUGUCUUAUUUAAUUAAAAACAAUUUUCAACUGGUUUCUGUGCCAGAUAUUUUACCCAGUAAUAUUUUGGAAAGUUGUGGUAUGGCUAUAAACAGUGAUCGUACUCAGAUAUAUUCUUUAGACCCACAUCAUCAUGGUCCAGAUUUAUAUUUGUCAGGCACGGCAGAGAUGUCUUUAGCUGGGUUAUUGAUGAAUUCAGUCCACACAAAGCAAAGCCUACCUUUAAAACUUGCAGCUGUCAGUAGGUGCUAUAGAGCAGAAACUUCCAAUAUUAUAGAAGAAAGAGGCAUUUACAGGGUACAUCAAUUUACAAAAGUUGAAAUGUUUGUUGUCACAACCCCUGAAGACUCUGAUAAUAUGCUAGAAUACAUAAGAAAACAACAAGAGGAAUUGUUUUCUGAGUUGGGGAUUCACAUGAGAGUGUUAGAUAUGCCACCGCAUGAGUUAGGAGCACCUGCUUAUAGGAAAUAUGAUAUUGAGGCAUGGAUGCCUGGCAGGAAUAAUUAUGGUGAAAUAUCAAGCUGUAGUAAUUGUACAGAUUAUCAAUCGAGGAGGCUCCAUAUAAAGUAUGAAGAGAAUAAAGUAUUUAAAUAUGUCCACACAUUAAAUGGCACUGCUUGUGCUGUACCGAGAAUGCUAAUUUCCCUUGUAGAAACUCAUCAAGAUCCUAAAGGAAAAAUUCUGAUUCCUACUGUAUUGCAACCUUUUAUGAAUCACACUACACAUAUAGGACGAAAUACAAGUGUACCAGAAUUGAAAAUAAUGAAAAUUAAAAAGUAAACCAGUA